AAGCUCCAUCCUUUGUCUUUUCAGACAAAUUUGUGGGUCAAUGCUUUUACAUAUAUGUCCGUGAUUGAAGUUUUCGGUGAAAAAGGCUAAAAAAAAUAGAGAGAGAGAGAGAGGCAAAUGCAUAUUACAUUUCAACCUUAUGCUCUAGGUGCUAUUAUAGAAAACAUGCCAUGAAAAAUAUUCUAAUGCAUUUAUUAUUGAAGUACCUUUUUAUGUGUAUGAAAUAAUUCUUCAACUUCAUGCAACUUAAUGUUAUUUUGAGAGAGAGAGAGAGUUUAUUCAACUUGGUCUUUAAGAGGAGUUACUAGCUUGAGGAAGAGAGGACUUGAGCUUUUCAUCAAGCUUGCGUGGAUUGAAAUCCUUUAUACUUGAGAGAGACAGAGAGAGAGACAGAGAGAGAUGGAGCUUACUCAACAUGGUCUCUUAGAGGACUUACUAGCUCCAACAAGAGACAGUUGGACUUCUUUUCCUCCUGGCGUGAAUGACUACCUCUCUAAUGGGUGGACCAUUGAGUCUUUCAAUCAGAGCCAAAUUUUCUCUACACCAAAUUCUCCAUUUUUAGGAUUCCACUCACCAUUAGAGCCCAACUUUCCCUGUCCUCUCAAUGGACUCUACCCUUUUGUUGGUGGCUUUUCAGUACCAGAGAUCGGUUCAUCCUAUGACAAGAAUGGCACACUUCCAUUUCCAAUUCAAGAACACUACCCAUCAAUGGAGGAUGGAGAAUAUGGCCUUGUCGGCAAUGAUCUCCACAGUUUGGAAGAAAGAAUGAAUAGCUGCAAAGUUGAGAUUGAACCAACUACAAAUAUCCCGGUAUUCAACGAGGGUGUUUGUGGAGAGAAAAAGAGUAGAGUUAGGAAGGUUGAGGGGCAGCCCUCAAAGAAUCUUAUGGCAGAAAGAAGGCGAAGGAAGCGACUAAAUGACCGCCUUUUGAUGCUCAGAUCAAUUGUCCCUAAGAUAAGCAAGAUGGACAGGACAUCUAUACUUGGAGAUACCAUAGACUAUAUGAAAGAGCUCUUGGAAAAGGUAAAAAACUUGCGAAAAGAAGAUAGAGGAGCCGAUAUGAAUCAAGUGAAUUUAAUGGGCAACUACAAGGAGCUGAAGCCAAAUGAACCACUAGUGAUGAAUUCCACCAAGUUCGAUGUAGUAAGGACAAACAUAGAUACCCGCAUUGAGGUUUGCAGUGCAGCUAAGCCAGGACUAUUGUUAUCAACAAUUAAUACACUAGAAGCACUUGGCCUUGACAUUCAACAAUGCGUCAUAAGCUGUUUUAAUGAUUUUUCGAUGCAAGCUUCUUGUUCAGAGGGUAUGGAGCAGCGAACAAUGAUGAGCACUGAAGACAUUAUAAAGCAAGCAUUAUAUAGAAAUGCAGGUUAUGGAGGGAGAUGUCUGUAGGAGGAUUUGAAAUAGAUCUAUGCCAUUUUUUUGAAAGCCUAAGUAGAUGUAUUCUAUAUCUGCUCGUCAGUUAUUUGUUGAGUGAGAGGUUGAAAUAAUGUUGUCUUUUAUGUGUUGCUUAUCCAAUAUGUCUAUGAUCCAUCCCACAGCUUAAAAUGUUUUAUCUGCUUCUGUUUGGGGUAUUCAUCAAUACAAGGGUCAAUUAUUG